AUGAUGCACCAUUCGCCCAGAAGGAGUCCCCGACUAAACGAGGGACAGAAUAUCGCAACGCAAGUAGAUGGCAGCGCUUCGGCCCCGCAACCUAGUGUAGGGGCGUCGCAAGCCGGCGGCCGAGGCAGUGAAGCCCCGGCGUCAUCAGCGCAGCUGGCAGCAUCUGGAGCCACCAGGAAACCGAAGGUGGCCGACCUGAUGGAUAGGAUUGCCGAGCUGGAGAAGGAGUUGGAACGCGCUCGCAGCGCUAAUAUGGAGCGCACUGGCCCCGUUAUUUCGAGUGAGGUUGGGGUAGGUCAGCCGUCAUUUGCAACCGGCCUGACCGUACCCAACGCAACAAGUGUUUAUUAUGCGGCGUCAGAGAGACCGCCACCCUGGAGCGGAUCUCAAACGGUACCGUGUUCGCAGAACUGUACCACAAGGAUUAAUCAAGCAUCGCCAUUUUGCGCUACCGGCACUACUGUUCCAGCGCAUGGUUUCGGGCUGCAGAAUGAAGUGGCCGGCGGAACAUCGAUACGUGCGCCUUCUCCUGGAGACGGUGCUUGGGCGACGAGCAUUGGAGGAACUGCACGCUGGACGCCACGAAAGCUUCCUGAACUGCCUACGUUCGGAGGGAAGCCAGAGGACUGGCCCAUUUUCUACUGCGCGUUUACGGAGACGACGCAAGCGUAUGGUUGUACGGACUUGGAGAACAACCAAAGGCUACUGAAGGCGUUAAAGGACGACGCGCGUGAGACGGUGAAGUCAUUGUUGAUUCACCCCAGCAAUGCGAAUGCAGCGGUGGAGCAGCUGCGAUACAGAUACGGCCGACCGGAGCAACUAAUACGCAGCCAACUCAACAGCAUUCGAGAUGUGCCUGCAAUUACGGAGCACAACCUGGGAAAGCUCGUCGCAUUCGCCACCCAUGUCAGCAACCUCAGGGCUUUCCUACAGUCAGCGAAGUCGGAGCAGCACCUGGGUAACCCUAUGCUGAUGGAAGAGCUUAUGGCCAAGCUCCCAAUAAGCAAACGAGUGGACUGGGCAAGGCACGCUGCAACUAUUCAGCCCUAUCCGACGAUUGUGGACUUUAGUUCGUGGUUGAUGGAACUAGCCAACGUGGUCUGCGUGGUGGCGGACAUUGAUGGAAGGGAGCCAAGGCGUCGAUUGCUUCAUGCCAGCGUCGACCGAGAGCAGGACGAGCAACCGGAGAGCUGCCGCAGGAAUUGUCCAAUUUGUGAAGGCCUUGGACAACAUGCAGUUCGGGACUGCCAACGAUUUAUUGGAGCCACACCUACAGAGAGGUGGAGACUCGCAAGAAGACAUCGCCUAUGCUUCAUGUGCUUGCAAACCGGGCAUAUGACUGGAUCCUGCGCCGCGUCAAAAGAGUGCCCCGUGAAUGGAUGCAGGAGGAAGCAUCACCGUCUUCUUCAUGAGGCAAACAGCGAAGGCUUCAGGAGACCGCCACAGCGAGGCGGCAAUUGGAGAGGCUACAACCUGCAGGCAGCCGGACCGAGGGAAGGCGUCCAAGUGAAUGAGGGAGCACCCUCAUCCGUGGAUGCCUCUGCGACCCCGGAGAGAAAUUUGAGCUGUGUCGACGAGGACCGAGAACGACUUCUGUUCCGUGUAUUGCCGGUGACGCUAUACGGAGGUGGGAAGCAGGUGGAUACGUACGCUCUUCUGGAUGAAAGUUCUUCGGUGACGAUGGUCGACAACGAGCUGGUUGCAGAGCUAGGCGUACAAGGAGUACGUCGUCAGCUGAGCGUUCAAUGGUUCGGAGGCAGGGCCACAAGAGAGCCUACUAACGUGGUACGUCUGGAGAUCAGUGGAGCAGGCAAGUCCUCCCGACAUGUGCUGAGGAACGUCUAUGCCAUUUCGAACUUGAGUCUGCCGAUGCAGAGCCUGCACAGAAGGGAUGUUAGGAGCGUAACAAGGACCUAUGAAGCCCUACGACUGCCGUUGAAAACGAGACGGUUUGCCAGCGAGGGACCGUACGCGGCCGCAACCGAAUUAGGAUGGGUUGUUUUUGGGCCUGUAGAAGGACGACGAGACACGCCAUCACCGAGGUCUUGUCUGCUAGCCACGUCGUUGGAUGAUAACGUGGAACGGAUCGUCGAGGACUACUUCGAGAUCGAGAACUUCGGUGUGAAGGCGGCGCCAGCGGCCGCAGCCAGCGACGACGUGAGGGCUCAGAAGAUCUUGGAGGAUACUACGGUGCGAGUUGGCCGCCGAUACCAGACGGGAUUAUUGUGGAAGACGGAUAACGUUGUGCUGCCACGUAGUUAUGAUAUGGCGUACAACAGAUUGGUCAACAUCGAGAAGAAAAUAAAGCGAGAUGGGCAGUUCGCCCAAGAGUAUUCACGGAUUGUCAAUGAUUAUGUCGACAAGGGAUACGCUCGGCGUCUGGAACGGCAGGAGAUCGAUUCGGAAAGCGAUAGAACAUGGGAAGGUGCCGUCGGAGUCAGCAGCGACAUUAAGGAGAUGUUUCACCAGGUGCUGAUCCGACCCGAGGAUAGAUGUGCGCAACGAUUUCUGUGGAGAGAUGGGAAUGACCAACGGGACCCCGACGUCUACGAGAUGUGCGUGAUGACCUUUGGAGCAGCAUGCUCACCGAGUGCGGCGCAUCAUGUGAAGACAGUGAAUGCCAAGCGAUUCCUGGAUUCGGAUCCCAGAGCAGUCAAAGCCAUCGUCGACUACCACUACGUGGAUGACUAUGUGGACAGCUUUGCCACAGAGAGCGAAGCUAUCGAAGUAUCUAGCAGAGUGAAGAAGAUACAUGCAGAAGGCGGUUUUGAGCUUUGCAAGUUUUCGUCCAGCUCGCCUACAGUGGAGAGGAUGCUUGGACCCAGUGAUCACGCCCAGAGUAUUGGAUGGGGUGAGGCCGAGCAAAAGAUUUUGGGAAUGCGGUGGCAGCCAGCCACGGACGACUUCAGGUUUCGAGUGAAGUACCACAAAGUCGCCCCCGUCGUGUCCGAUGGGAAGAGAAUUGCCACAAAAAGGGAAUUCUUGAGUAUGGUCAUGUCAACGUUCGACCCCUUGGGAUUCCUGUGUUGUCUAAUGAUAACAGCGAAGUUGUUGUUGCGAGAGGUCUGGAGAAGGAAGAUAUCAUGGGAUGAACCACUACCGGCUGAGAUGUACAACGCCUUUAUGGAAUGGCGUAAAGAGAUGGAGAAAGUGGAACGUUUUCGGAGCCCACGUCACUACUUUGGAUCCGGACUGGUGAAGACUAUCGAGAUGCACGUAUUUGUGGAUGCGUGUCAGUCGGCAUUCGCAUCAGUGGUCUACUGGAGGAUCACGUACGAGGACGGCGACGUGCAAGUGAGGUUCGUGUGCGCAAAGACGAAGUGUGCACCGAUGCGAACGAUGACGAUUCCACGGUUGGAGCUGCAGGCAGCAGUUCUAGGAACGAGGUUGAUGGAGACAGUCAGACAGGACCAUAGCGUGGCCAUUGCAGAGACUGUGCUAUGGACGAAUUCGAAGACAGUGCUGCGUUGGAUUGGCAGCACACACAGGCGCUACAAGCAGUUCGUAGGGAACAGAGUAGCCGAGAUUCUGGAGUCGACGAAGGUGGCCCAAUGGAGAUGGCUACCAUCCGCCGACAACGUGGCAGAUGAUGCAACUCGAGCGCAACGCAGCGUGGACCUAAGCGAGGAGUCACGCUGGUUAAGAGGACCGGCAUUCCUGAGGAGACCAGCGGGCAGCUGGCCAGGAACUGCACCCACCGACGAAGCGGAUGCAGAAGACGAAGAGGAGAUGCCGGGUGAGUUCGUGCUUGUUGGCGCGAGUGACCCAUUCAUAUCGCUGGAGAGAUUCUCAAGCUACAGGCGAUUGCUGAGGACUACGGCUUGGGUCCUAAGGUUCAUACGUCGAUGCCGUGGACAACGAGAUGAGCUGGAUAACUACGGCCUCAAUGUAGCUGAGUGUGAAGCAGCUGAGGACUUGUUAUUCCGUAGAGCACAAAGUGAGGCGUUCCCCGAUGAGGUGCAGGCCGCAGAGAAGGACUUGGACGUCGCUAAAGGAAGCGACAUAUGUGGACUGGCGCCAUACCUAGAUGGCAAUGGAAUCCUGCGAGCGUAUGGCAGGAUCGAUGCGGCGCUAUGUAUACCUUACAGCGCCAGGAGGCCAGUGAUCCUCUCCCACCGGCAUGGUCUCACGGAGAUGAUAGUGCGCGACGCCCAUGUGAGGAUGAAGCAUCAAAACGUGGAUGCUACGAUGGCGGAGAUCCGGACCAGGUCUGGAUUACGAGACUGCGGAGAGUGCUUCAUAAUGUGA